AUCCCGUGUUGCACAGCUGUUCAUUGAGCUAUUUUUAAAUGUCGAAAGUUGUUUUUGUUCGAAUCGGUUGUAUUAGUUUUUCUGAGUUGGGUUCAGAAAAAAGAAGUCUGGGCAAUAAGACAAUAAGAGGGAAUUUUGUUUAAAGUUAACGCAAAUGUCAAUGUGAAAAUCUGAUCCUGGAAAUGAAGGAAUUUUUGCCGUUGUGUGCUUAUUGAAUCGUGCAUAUUCGGGCGUUGUAUUCGCAACAUUUUUGUAAUACUUAAAUGUGCAUUCAUGUUUUCUGCAGGGUUUUUCGAAUUCACGACUGAGAGAAUAAGAUUUUUGAACUUGUAACAUGAUAAAUUUUCGUAUGCUGACCUAUAGACCCAUAGUAAACGUUUUAAGGAGGCGUGGGACGUCUUCAAAGACAAAAGCAAAGGAAUGGAAGAAACCGAACUAUUCACGUUUUUCGAAUCCAGGAAUUCAGCGACGUUUGGGAAUUUUGGUACAUGAAGACAAAGCCGUAACAAAACCCAGUGAUGUUGACGAUACCGACGAUUUAGAUUUUAUGGAAGUAAAUAAGAUGCAUGUUUUACAUGAGAGUGAAGAAGCAGAAGCAAAACACAUGACACAACUCAAAAUUGUGGGCCGUAAGUAUUUCAAACCAGAGAAAGGGAUAAACUUGUUGACGUGGUCUGAGAAGGAGCAGAUCCGUUACCUGCAUGACAGCGACCAGGAUACUUGGACAGUGGAGAAAUUGGCCGAGAGCUUCCCAGCAUCUGAGAUGAUAAUAAUGAAAGUCUUGAAAUCCAAGUGGCGCCCACGUGAUGCAGAUCGGGUGCUGAAACAUGACCUUGCAGUACAGAAAAAUUGGGACAUGUUAUGGAGUGGGAAUUUGGAAGUGGACCCAGAAAUGAAAGUGCAUCUCUCACAGUUUACACAGAGGACAGUCCCUGCAUCCCAAAGGCCUGAUAUUGCCGAGAUGUUUGAAGGGGCAGGCAACAUACCAAAGCCUAAACAGUCAGAGUUUGGAAAUAUUAUAGCAAGCUACCAGUCUCUGAAAUGUAAGGACAUUCCAGAGAAUGAUAUUGGAGACACAGCUGUGUUGCAGAGAUCAUGUGACACCUCAGUAGUUCCUGAGGGCGGUUCAUUUGUCCUACAUGGAGGAAAGUCAUAUUCACAACACGGCCGCACCACACUUGAGAAAUACAGGCAGAGUGUUUUGAAGGCAAUUAAGAAGGGUUCUGAUACAAGUUCAGAUGCCAGGUUGAUGGUAUCGAGGCACAGCAAGUGUCAGGAUGUGCCAGAGGCGGCUGAGGAAGCAAGUUCAGACGUUACCAGUACUAUAGACAAGGACUGCCCUGCUGGGCUGAAUUCUUCAGUGUCUAAGACAAGUCCUGACCUCACUGCAGAUCCACCUGAGUGGAUCCAAAUUCCGGCCAGCAAGUGGCAGAAGGGAGGUACCUUCAAGGUUGGAGACUGCUACUAUGAUGAUGACGGCACGUUCUUGUACAGGGUACCUGGCAUGAAGUGAAGCAUGACAGGUCUUUUCUAGUUUCCCUUUUUGCAAACUGCGUUGUUUUGAAUGUGACACCUGGAAUCAGAUGGCGAUACUGUGCUCACUAGUUAUGUUCUGUUAUUUUGGCUGAGAAAUAUGUUUGUGGUUAUUUGUAAACUGUAUUUGUAUGCUCAUUAACAUAUUACAAUCAGUGAUGUUUAUGUGUGA